AUGUCCAAACCUGGUCAAUUCCGAGCCGAUCUCCCUGAGCUUGCGAGACAUCUUCUCGCGAGCGGUCCUCACAGGACCCAAUUGACCACCCGUCGAGUCCGAGUCAUCCUAAACAGCACAUGCGUCGUUGAUACCACUAAAGCAGUCCAUGUGUGGGAACACGUUGCCUAUCCGCAGUACUAUGUCCCCAUCUCAGAGCUGCGGAACUGCCGCUGGAGGGACAAGGAAGACAUCCAGUUCACGGGCGAUGCAUCCCACGCCGCGGCGGCUGUCGUUGAAGUCACGGUACCGGGCCAGAAUGGAGAAGGCGACCUCAUCACAGAUCGGGCCUUGCGAUUUUCGGAUAAUGAAAAGAUCAGCGGUGUCCUAAACGGUCUGAUAAGGCUCGAGUUUGGUAGUAUGGAUCAAUGGAUGGAGGAGGAGACGCCCAUCUAUGUCCACCCCAAGGAUCCCUUCAAGCGCAUCGAGAUCCUCCCUUCCCUGCGACCAAUCGAGGUCAAGGUCGCUGGGAAGACCGUCGCCAAGACUGAAUUUGCUGUUCAUUUGCUGGAAACAGGUCUGCCUACACGAUAUUACCUCCCCUUGGCGUCUGUUGAUCAGGCAGCGCUGCGAAAAAGCAAUCUGACCACAAAAUGCCCGUACAAGGGUGAUGCCGAGUAUUACAACGUCGUAGUGGACGGCAAAGAGCACAGCAACUUGGUCUGGUAUUACAGGCUUCCGACGCAUGAGAGCGCGGGGAUAGCGGGUCUGCUGUGCUUCUACAAUGAAAAGGUGGACAUUUUCUUGGAUGGCGAGCUUUUGGAGCGGCCAAAGACAUUAUUUGCUUGA